CUUCGCAACAAUCUCUGAUUAUUGAACGUUUUGUGUCAUCAAGAAAAAAAGAAUAUUAUAUAAUUAUUUAAUUAUGUCCUCGGUUUGGACACAAAAGUUGAGUGCUCUACAACCAGGAACGCAAAAUUCUAUCGUUAUUGGAAUAAUAAUUAACAGUGCCAAUCCGAGAGUAUUUGAACCGAGCAGCUCCAAAUUCAAUGAAGUAAGACGUGCGGUUUGGACAUUUACUCUUCGUGAUUCGCCCGAUGACUUUAUUAACGUGACUGUUUGGGGAAGAUCAGAUUAUGUCGAUUCACAAUUUAAUAAAUUUCCCAUCGGUUCUAUUGUCGAAGUUAUAAGCGGAAAAGUGUCAAAUCGAAGAGUUGAUGACCCAAACGAUGCGUUUGUUCCUACCGUAACGAGUUCGUUAAAUAUUACUGUCAAUGAGGGAACAGCAUUGAUACAAAAUCACGAUUCCGAUGAUAGAGAUCGUUUCGAGCCGUUAUUAAAAUUGCCAACAAAAUCAAUCGAUUCAUUGAGAUCUUUGAAAUUCGCUUUGGAACACAUCGAAGAAUUGAAAGAUCAAUUUAUUGAUCUUCUCGUCGUUGUCACUUUCAUCGGCGAAGUUCGGGACAUAAUAAGUCGAGACGGACGAAAAUUCAAAUGUCGUUCCUUUGAAGUAACAGAUCAUUCAACAAAUAAAUCGGUUGCAUUGCAACUUUGGGAUUCCGAGUGGAUUCGAUUGUCUGAACUUUGGGAACCCCGUAGAACAGUUUUAAUUUUAGCUGACAUUCGUGUUGGAUUUGAUAAAUUUAAGAAACGGAUAAGUAUGUCUAUAGCUAAAAAGACUUUGAUAACUGAAAAUCCAAAUAUUCCGCAAACGAAUGAUUUGAGACUCGCUGUCACGAAUAAGCCAGAGUUCACGCACACUGAUCCGUAUUCGAUACCAAAUUUGAAGUGCAUAAACUCAGUCAUGACUGUUCAACAAAUUACACAAAAGUUAAAUUCGCCUGCAACAGAAAGUAACGAGAGAAUUCAGUUUUUUGUUGUUCUCAAUGCGCAAGUUACUGAAAUGAAUUUGGACAGCAAGGAUGAAAACUUACUGUCUACAAAGUGCGCUCUGUGUAAGAAAUUCGUUCAAAAAGAUCAAGAAUCAUGUAUGAAUUUAGAAUGUCCUUCUGGGAAUGGAAGUCGAAAACCUUACAAUCUUAUCAGUUUGAAUGUGAAAUUCAAUCUAAAGGACGAUACCGGAUAUCUAAUUGGUUGUAGAUUUUUGGGAAGUGCCGUAGAACAAUUUCUCGGAUGUACAGCUGCAGAAUUUCAAGCAAUGAACCAAGAGCAGCGAACGGAAUUAAAAUGGCAAUUUCUCUCGCUUAAAUUUGCAGUUCGAAUGCAAAUUUUGGGUCCGACAUUGUCAAUAAAUCAAGCGAUUUAUAACAUUUUAUCAAUGACUCAAUUGCAAGAAUCUGUGGAUUCAUUUUUUGAUAGCGUUGUCGAUCAAUUGCCAUAAAACUGUAAAAAAAAACAGUUUAAUUUGAUUCAAAAAUUGUAAAAAUCUCGAUAUUUUUAAUUUCAAUUAACACUUAAUCUACAAAGUAGAUUUUAAAUUCAUAAUUUUAAUAUGUAAAAAUGAAUUUUUUAAAAUAAUUUAAUUAAUUUUAGAGUAAAAUUUUACUUAUCGAAUUCUAUUUAGAACCGAAUUGAAAAAUCUAUUUAUUUUUUUAG